AUGGAACCGAACGUCGAGGAGCAGCCCUUCCAGACUGUGCUCCCAGCGGCACUCUCUGACAAGCGAGGCUCGCAGGUGACUGAAGUGCGGGUCGAGAAGGUGUUGAAGUCGAAGGAAAAGGAUGUUGAGGCACUGCUGGCUUCCAUCGACGAGAGGGACAAUCAAUUGAUGAUCACGGCGACCAACAAGAUCAAGACGACCACAAAGGACCACAAGACCACAAAAUCCACGAAGAGUAAUUCCUUCGAACGGUCUCAGGGCAGGGUGAAGCUGAACCACAGCCAGAAGCAGCUUCUCAUGGCACAGGUGACGUGUCAGAUGCGUCUAUCGCGUCACAAGCUAGCGAUUAUCGAUAUGGGACUGGAGCUGCUGACCAGCGCUCUGGUCUCCUGCGCCUGCCUGUGGGAGAAGGCUGCGGGGCUGCUGUCCAGCUGCCUGCUGCUGGUUGGAUUCGUCCUCUCGCUGGCUGCUGCCGUCGCCACAGCAGAAUUUUGUCCCUAUUUGCCAAUGGACUUGAACCACUACACCAUGGUCAGCUCCUACGAAGCCAUCUUCAAGAUAUCUUGCACAAUCAUAUAUGCCCUCUCAGGCAUCGCUGUGGCCAGUGCCGCCAUGCGAAGCGCUUCGGGUGAGGCCGUGGGGCGCGCAAUUCUUUGGGUCUUCCUGCUCCCGAUAGUUCCAUUCGCCAACCUGUUAUGGAUCCCGGCCACCGGAAACUGGCGCUGGAACGAGUACUGCACCGAUCGGACAGCCAGCAUAGUGCUGGCUGCGCUGGACGUGAUCUUCGUGCUGCUGACCAUCGUGGUCAUCCGGAGCGAGAUCAGCUCCAAUGACGGUACGGAUUCUUUUCUAACCAAGGAUGAGCUAAAAAUAGUUCGAUUUGAAACAUUCAAGUACUACCGAGAGCACUACGCUGCCAAACAAGGAGAAGAGACAAACAAAAACCCAAGCAGCGUUUUACAGCCACUUGUAAGCAGGAGGCAGGAGGAGCACAAGGCCCAUAAGGCUUAG